GGCUCGCUGAGCGCCCCCCGACCCCCGCGACCCCUCGCCCCCAGACCGAGCCUGCCUGGACGCGCGACCGACGGCCGCCGCCGCUCCCAGGCCCCCUCGGACCGCGCCAUGGGUGACAGCGACGACGAGUACGAUCGAAGGCGCAGGGACAAGUUUCGAAGGGAGCGCAGCGACUAUGACCGUUCCCGCGAAAGGGACGAGAGGCGUCGAGGGGACGAUUGGAAUGAUCGGGAGUGGGACCGCAGCCGGGAGCGCCGCAGUCGGGGCGAGUACCGGGACUACGACCGGAAUCGGCGCGAGCGCUUCUCUCCCCCGCGCCAUGAGCUCAGCCCCCCGCAGAAGCGCAUGCGACGCGACUGGGAUGAGCACAGCUCUGACCCAUACCACAGUGGCUAUGAGAUGCCCUAUGCUGGGGGGGGUGGGGGCCCAACUUAUGGCCCCCCUCAGCCCUGGGGCCACCCAGACGUCCACAUCAUGCAGCACCAUGUCCUGCCUAUCCAGGCCAGGCUGGGCAGCAUCGCGGAGAUCGACCUGGGCGUGCCGCCGCCCGUGAUGAAGACCUUCAAGGAGUUCCUCCUGUCGCUGGACGACUCUGUGGACGAGACGGAGGCCGUCAAGCGCUACAACGACUACAAGCUGGAUUUCCGACGGCAGCAGAUGCAGGACUUCUUCCUGGCCCACAAAGACGAGGAGUGGUUUCGCUCUAAGUACCACCCAGACGAGGUGGGGAAGCGGCGGCAGGAGGCCCGGGGGGCCCUGCAGAACAGGCUGAGGGUGUUCCUGUCCCUCAUGGAGAGUGGCUGGUUCGAUCACCUCCUCCUGGACAUCGACAAGGCGGACGCCAUCGUCAAGAUGCUAGACGCAGCUGUGAUAAAAAUGGAAGGCGGCACAGAGAACGACCUGCGCAUCCUGGAGCAGGAGGAGGAGGAGGAGCAGGCGGGGAAGGCCGGGGAGGCCGGCAAGAAGGAAGAGGGCCGGGCCGGGCCGGGGCCCGGGGACGGAGAGCGCAAGGCCGGGGACAAGGACGACAAGAAGGAGGACGGCAAGCAGGCGGAGAAUGACAGCUCCAAUGAUGACAAAGCGAAGAAACCCGAGGGUGACGGAGACAAGGACGAGAAGAAGGAAGACUUGGAGAAGGACACCAAGAAGAGCAGCAAGAAGCGGAGCCGCAAGCACAGCGGGGACGACAGCCUGGACGAAGGCAGCGCGUCCGAGUCGGAGUCGGAGUCCGAGAGCGGCCAGGCCGACGAGGAGAAGGAGGAGGCGGAAGAAGCUCUUAAGGACAAGGAGAAGCCGAAGGAGGAGGAGCGGGAGAAGCCGAAGGAGGCCGCGGGGCUGGAGUGCAAGCCCCGGCCCCUGCACAAGACCUGCUCCCUCUUCAUGCGCAACAUCGCCCCCAACAUCUCCCGGGCGGAGAUCAUCUCUCUUUGUAAAAGAUACCCCGGCUUCAUGCGUGUGGCCCUGUCGGAGCCCCAGCCUGAGCGGAGGUUUUUCCGCCGUGGCUGGGUGACAUUUGACCGCAGCGUUAACAUCAAGGAGAUCUGUUGGAACCUGCAGAAUAUCCGACUCCGGGAGUGUGAGCUGAGCCCUGGCGUGAACAGAGACCUGACCCGGCGUGUCCGCAACAUCAACGGCAUCACCCAGCACAAGCAGAUAGUGCGCAACGACAUCAAGCUGGCCGCCAAGCUGAUCCACACGCUGGACGACAGGACCCAGCUCUGGGCCGCGGAGCCUGGGACGGCCCCUGUGCCCGCAAGCCUGCCCUCACAAAACCCCAUCUUGAAGAAUAUCACCGACUACCUAAUUGAGGAAGUGAGCGCAGAGGAAGAGGAGCUGCUGGGGAGCAGUGGGGGGCCCCCUCCGGAGGAGCCCCCUAAGGAAGGGAACCCGGCGGAGAUCAGCGUGGAACGAGAUGAGAAGCUGAUCAAGGUUUUGGACAAGCUGCUCCUCUACUUGCGCAUCGUGCACUCCAUGGACUACUACAACACUUGCGAGUACCCCAAUGAGGACGAGAUGCCCAACCGCUGUGGCAUCAUCCACGUGCGGGGGCCCAUGCCACCGAACCGGAUCAGUCAUGGGGAAGUGCUGGAGUGGCAGAAGACCUUUGAGGAGAAGCUGACCCCGCUGCUGAGCGUGCGCGAGUCGCUGUCUGAGGAAGAGGCCCAGAAGAUGGGCCGCAAGGACCCCGAGCAAGAAGUGGAGAAGUUUGUCACGUCCAACACCCAGGAGCUGGGCAAGGAUAAGUGGCUGUGUCCUCUGAGCGGCAAGAAGUUCAAGGGCCCCGAGUUUGUGCGCAAACACAUCUUCAACAAGCACGCCGAGAAGAUCGAGGAGGUCAAGAAGGAGGUGGCGUUCUUCAACAAUUUCCUCACCGACGCCAAGCGCCCCGCUCUGCCCGAGAUCAAGCCCGCUCAGCCGCCCGGUCCCGCCCAGAUACUCCCCCCAGGCCUGACGCCGGGACUGCCCUACCCGCACCAGACCCCCCAGGGCCUGCUGCCCUACGGUCAGCCCCGGCCCCCCAUCCUGGGCUACGGCGCUGGUGCUGUCCGCCCUGCAGUCCCCACCGGGGGCCCUCCGUACCCCCACGCCCCAUACGGUGCUGGCCGAGGGAACUAUGACGCCUUCCGCGGCCAGGGAGGCUACCCCGGGAAACCCCGAAACAGGAUGGUGCGGGGAGACCCAAGGGCCAUCGUCGAGUACCGUGACCUGGACGCCCCCGAUGACGUGGAUUUCUUCUGAGCUGCCCGCCCCGUCCUGACUGUCCGCCCCUGCAGCUCUGAGGUUUUUUUUUUUACAUUCAGUCCGACUGCCAGUAAAAGCACUUCCU